CUCUUUAUCAAAGGUUUUUAAAAUCUUUUUACUCACUAUUUAAAAGUCCACUAUCCUCUAUCAUUGUCCUUUCUUUCUCUCUCUUGUUUCUCUUUCUAGAAAGGUUCCAACUUUAGGGAAAAACCAAAGGGGUUUGUAGUAGUAGUAGAAGUGAUAGUCACACUAGUGAAGUAGUUUAGUAGUAGUGAAUGUUUUUGCCAUGGAUGCAUAUGAAGCAACAAAGAUAGUUUUAUCAAGGAUUCAAAGUUUGGAUCCAGAAAAUGCUUCAAAAAUCAUGGGUUAUAUUUUGAUACAAGACCAAGGAGAAAAGGAGAUGAUAAGAUUAGCUUUUGGUCCAGAAACCCAUUUGGUUUCACUAAUUAACCAAGCUAAAGCUUGUUUAGGACUUUCAUCAAACACUUCAUCUGCAACUUCAACUCCUAACUCUCCUUCACCUUUUAACCCCAUGUCAAAUGCUACAAAGUUGAACCCUUUUCCUCAAUCUUCACCAAGAAUCAUGAUUCCUAAUAAUGGGUUUGUUCAUUCUUCACCUAAUUCACCUUGGUCUAGUGGGUCACCUGUGUUUUCAAGAAGCCCUAGACCAAUAAUGGCUAGCUCUAGUUCACUAUCUUAUGCUGCUGUUGUCAAUGGUUCAACUAAUUCUGUUUCUGGGUCUUCAACUACUUCACUAUCACUACCUUUUUACAAUAAUAACAAUGAGCUUAAUGAUGAGUUUGGUAGUAAUACUAGUGUUCAAGUUCAAGAUCAUCAAGUCUUGUCAUUUCUUGACGAGUCAUCAUUGGAUCCAAUUAUGAGUCCUAGUGGUAGAAGUGAUUCACUUGUUUUCCCUUAUGGGAAUUGUGAGGAAUCCCCUCAUGCUCAUCUUCAUAGGAGGAGUUGUUCAGUGAAUGAUGUUUUUCUUGGUGGGGGUGGGGGGUUAGGUAUGAUAGGUGGGGAUGAUAGUGGGGGUGGGGGUAGUUUGGGGUUUGGUUGGAGGCCUUGCAUGUAUUAUGCAAGAGGGUUUUGCAAGAAUGGGAAUAGUUGUAAGUUUUUGCAUAGUGUUGGUGGAUUUCAAGAUUCUGAUGGGUCUAGUGCUAUUGUUGGUUCUCCUAGUAAUAAUAAAGUUGACUCUUUUGAUGAUUUUCUGAGGAUGAAAGCCUUACAACAGCAGCAACAACAGAGGUUUGCUGCUGCCUCCCUUAUGGCUUCUGGUGCUCAUCAUCAUCCACUUGCUUACAACAAGUGUAUGAACAUCUUGAGUGAUAACCAAAGAUCGGCUGCGGCAGCGUUUAUGAUGGGAGAAGAAUUCCACAAAUUUGGUCGAUGCCGGCCUGAUAGAAGUGAUUUUUCAGCAAUGGCGAUGGGCGGUAUCUCAAAUUCAAGUUCGCGACAGAUUUACCUAACAUUUCCUGCUGAUAGCACAUUUAAGGAGGAGGAUGUGUCUAAUUACUUUAGCAUGUAUGGGCCAGUCCAAGAUGUUAGAAUUCCGUAUCAGCAGAAGCGUAUGUUUGGAUUCGUUACAUUUGUCUACCCAGAAACCGUGAAGCUCAUCUUGGCUAAAGGGAACCCUCAUUUUGUGUGUGAUUCUCGUGUACUUGUCAAGCCUUACAAGGAAAAGGGAAAAGUUGCAGACAAGAAGCAACUGCAACAACAGCAUUCGAUGGAUAGAGGAGAGCUGUCAACAUGUUUAAGUCCAUCAGCACUUGAGUCUAGGGAGCCAUAUGACCUUCCGUUUGGAGCAAGAAUGUUCUACAAUUCGCAUGAGAUGAUGUUGAGAAGAAAAUUAGAGCAGGAGGCUGAAUUGCAGCAAGCCAUUGAACUUCAAGGCAGAAGGUUAAUGAAUUUGCAACUGAUGGACCUGAAGAAUCAACAUCGCAAUGAUCAGUUCCCGUCGAGCCUCUCUGCUAGUCUUCCAACUGCUUCCGAGAUGCAGUUUCAUUCUCAAAACAGUCAUAGUCUUGUUCCUCUGUCUAAUGGCAAUGAUGAAGAAAUUCCUGCAGAAAAUAACGAUAUCUAUGAAGCUACCAAGUCCCCAUCUAAUGCAUCUGAUGAGAAGGUGCCUCAGGAAACGCUGCCUAGCGAUAUUGGGAACGAGAACGGCAGCAAGGAGCAGACCGCCAACACCGACGACUCUAAUCUUCAAGAAAGCUUGGAGCACAUCCUUCCCGAUAAUCUUUUCGCUUCUCCUACAAAGUCAGCUGCAGAACACCAGGCCGCAUUCUCCACUGAUUCAGCUGAAGCCGGUGUUAGUUCCCCAAUAACUACUACUACUACUACUAACAUCUCUAUGCUUCCCACAACUUCUACCCUCAACAUGGCUUCUCUUAAAUCUUGUUACUUCCACAUGCCAAGGUUUACUUCUGGGCAAGAAGCCAUUGAAAUGUAGGUGUUAAGAGUUUGUGCAAGGCUAGCUAGGAGGGAUUAACUUAGCUUGAAAAGUUUGAGUAGUACCAUAUACAAGAAGUAAAAGUCCUCUAGCUGUAUAGCCAAAGUAUACCAACAACAGAAGUAAAGAUUGGUAAGGAAGAUCUCCUCAAGAUUGUUGUCAUCAUCAAUACCAUACUACUUACAACAAAUACAUAAUGUAUACGUAAAGGACAGAUGAACUGAUUAAUGAGAGUGGGGUCUCUCUCUGUGUUUAUUUUGUACCCUCUUUUGUAGUUGUGUGCUGGACCACACUUUGAACAAUAGCAAAAAAUCAAAGGCAGGCUAGUAGUAACCCUUAGUUAUGAUAGUAGUUUCCUCUCUUUCCUCUGUUUUUUUACUGUUGUUAACUUGCUAUCAUGUAAAAAUUAAAGUUGAAAUAUGAAAAAUGCCUUCUAGAUCA